GUUCCAUCCCUUCUGUGGAUGAGACUGACUUCUGUCAACAUGACUACCCCUCUGUUCACUGCUCUGUCCUUCCUGGCUGUGUUGGCCCUUGGGUCAUGUCUAGCUCUCUUGCCUGAGGAGCAGCCCUAUGUGGAGCGUGCUGGUAUCCAAUACAGCGCUAGGCCUUACACCUCCCUCCUCACCGUGCCCAAUGGAGAGCAGUUUGGGAACUGGACCUGGCCCGAGAUGUGUCCCGACAAGUUCUUCGCCGUUGGGUUCAUGCUCCGGGUGGAGUCCGAACAGUACGGUCUGGACGAUACUGCCCUGAAUGGCAUUCGCUUGAUCUGCGCUAAGGACGAAGAUAGGAGCUUCUUGUACACCAUUGAGUCUCACACUGGAUUCUUUGGUGACUGGUCGGACCCUCAGUAUUGCCCCAGGGGUGUGCUAACUUCCUUCCAGCUGCGUGUGGAGCCCCACCAGGGUCUGUUCGGUGACGACACAGCCGCCAACAACGUCAGGUUCCGCUGCAGCAGCAACCCCACCCUCACAGGCGCCGGCCUGGACUACGGCGAGUACAGCCUCUGGAGCCAGGAUUGUGGCGAUGGAGGAAUCUGUGGCAUCGAGACCAAGAUGGAGGAAUACCAGUACGGUCUGGAUGACUCAUCUCUCAAUGACGUGCGCUUCCACUGCUGCGCCAAACUCCAGCAGUAAUCAUCUGAGGGAGAUACCUCUUCUGGACCAACCAACCGGCCCAGACCUGUCAACACACAGGCUCUGACCCAUGGUCCAUUCAAUCCAAUCUACACCCAAUAUCUGAAUCUGCCACUGGUUAAAACCUAAUAAAUCAUUCAACUGUC